CCACUAAGCUUAAUUUUUUAUUUUUUUAUAUAUCAUUUAUAUGAUCAACGGUGAUGAUCAAGAGUCAUCAAGAUAUCUACUUUAGUGUGUAUAAAACAAGAAAACCCUAGUUAUACACUAUUUGUGAUGUUAUAUUCUACACUUUCUUGGCCGCUUCUUAUUAUAAACUUCUCUCUCUCUUUCUCUCUCCUUCUGGCUAUAUAUCCAAUAUUUUUUCUUUGGGUUGGUUGGGUAUAUAUAUUGGUAUGCGUUAAUUUCGUAUUUGGAGUUUAUCAAACAUGAAGAAUAACGUACCAAUGUCUCUGAGGAUUACUUCUUCACUAACCCUAAUGAAGCAAGCCAUGGGAGCAUCGGAUCCGUGGCCUUUCUCUUUCGUUUUCUUGUGAGAUUUGUGUUUGGAAAACCCAGGUCUGUUCACUUUAGAUCCUUUAUAUAUACUAUAGCUAAUACAAAUCUAGAAAAGAAGAAAUAAUAAAAAAAAAUGGGUAGUGGAGAAAAAAGCCAAAGGUUUUUUCAGCUUCACAACCACCAGCAGAGCCAUCACCAUGGGACGAAGAAUAAGGCUGUAAUCAGAGACGUUCCAAAAGGGUGUUUGGCAAUCAAGGUGGGACAAGGUGAAGAACAACAGAGAUUUGUGGUGCCUGUGAUGUACUUUAAUCACCCUCUGUUCAUGCAAUUGUUGAAAGAGGCUGAAGAAGAGUAUGGAUUUGAUCAGAAGGGUACCAUCACCAUUCCUUGCCACGUGGAGGAGUUUAGGUACGUUCAAGGCAUGAUUGACAGGGAAAAAUCCUAUCACCACCACCACCACCAUCACCUUCAUGUUACUGGGUGCUUUAGGGUUUGAGCAAAUCUCUUUGGCUUUUGUAAAUUUGGAGAAUUGUUAUUUUUGUUUUUUUUUAAACCUUUAUUCCUAUUUAGUUGGAUGGUGAUGAUGACAAAUGUGAUGUCUUGAUGACGGAAAAUUGUUCAAAGACAUUGCUUUAGCCGUUUAGUGAUUUCUUUCACUUUUUCAAAAGAAAGAAAGAAAGAAACGUUUUUAAUCAA